UACGCUAACCAAAUAGCUAGCCAACUAGCCGAAGGAGGCUAAUAUCUCCUUUUCACAAAAUUGGGUCGACAAUAAGCUUUUUUACAAAUUAUCAACUAAAACACACCAUCUAUGUUAUCCGUAAGAAUUUGUAAUUGUCUUCUAGCCUCCCUGUCGCCGUGUUGUGAAGAAACGGGAGCAUUAUAAAAUAGAUAAAUAUACCGGCUGUAGCAGAAAACUGUAGCCGGCUAACGGAGGCUGUUAGCUCCGAGGCUACAGGAGGCGACUGACUGGGCAACCAUUACUGUCGAGGGGCUACAGACCGCCGGCUACUGGUGUCAGUUGCCAUAAUAGGAGGGAAAGUGAGAUUGGUGGCCUAUGAGGAAGCCACGUCGAAAAGGCCAAGUGGCAGCGGGAGGAGCUGGAGAAGAUGUCAGGAAGUCCAAUGGGACAGUUGGUGGGCGUGGGGGUGCCCGCCAGCGAUCCCCCUCCCCUUACAGCCUCAAAGCAUCUCCAAACAGGGAUACCCUCACUUACGCUCAAGCACAGAAGGUGGUGGAGGUGGAACUGGAUGGUAGGCUCCACCGCAUUUCUAUUCUGGAGCCCUUGGAGGUCAUCACUGAAGAUGAGAUGAAGGCUCAGGACAUAAGUGAGUGUAACAGCAACAAGGAGAACAGUGAGCAGUCAUCACCUCCUAGCUGUGCCCAAACAGUCCGCAAACAAUCCACAACUAGAGGUCGCAGGAGAGACUCCAAAUGUCCUCCUGUCAAGUCGCCACCACCUUCCAAGAACCACUGCUCCAAUUCUCAUCCCCAAACACCUGAGAAGUUAAACACAUCACAGCAUCACCACAUGACCCUCCCUGAACCUAAGUUUCAUGUGCUGGAAACCUUCAUACCAGUCAAGGCAGAACCUCUACCUACUGCCUAUUACCGUUUCAUUGAAUGCCCGGCUGAGGAUCAGGAAGCUGAGGCAGAAUAUGAUAUGGAUGAAGAGGACACCGCCUGGUUGGAAAUGGUGAAUGCUAGCCGGACAUCAGAGGGUUACACAGCCGUUUCGCAGGACACCUUUGAGCUACUGGUGGACCGCCUGGAAGAGGAGGCGUACCGGGAAGCCCGCAGCAGGGCUCCCUGUCAGAGCACUAUAGAUGAUGAUGCCUUCUGCUGCGUGUGCCUGGAUGACGAGUGCCUCAACAGCAAUGUUAUUCUUUUCUGCGACUCCUGCAACCUCGCUGUGCACCAGGAGUGCUACGGAGUGCCCUACAUACCUGAGGGCCAGUGGCUGUGCCGCUGCUGCCUCCAGUCCCCUCAGAAACCUGUUGACUGUGUUUUAUGUCCAAACCGUGGCGGCGCCUUCAAGCAGACAAGUGACAGCCGCUGGGCCCAUGUGGUCUGUGCUAUCUGGAUCCCUGAAGUCUGCUUUGCCAAUACAGUGUUUCUAGAACCAGUUGAAGGAGUCAGUAACAUUCCCCCAGCACGCUGGAAACUGACCUGCUACCUGUGCAAGCAGAAAGGCCGUGGUGCAUCAAUACAGUGCCACAAAGCCAACUGUUACACUGCGUUUCAUGUCACGUGUGCUCAGCGUGCCGGACUGUUCAUGAAGAUAGAUCCGGUGCGAGAAACAAACAUCAAUGGGACUACAUUUUCUGUAAAGAAGACAGCUUUCUGUGAGGCCCAUUCACCACCAGGACAAGAGAGUAACUCAGAUGAGGAGAGUGAAGGAAGAGUGGUGGGCAGCAGAGGAAGGGCUAGUAGAGGAAGGAGUGCCUACACACAAGGUCCUAUAACACCGAAAAAAGGCAGAAAGUCUGAGAAUGAUGCCAAGGCGGAUAAAAAGAAAGGGAAAAAGGGCACAGAGUCAACAGCACAACACACCACUUCACCUCAAGUGAUAGUGCCUCAAAUACCGACCAACAGGCUGAAUAUAGUGUGCAAAGGAAUAAUGGUCCAGAGGAAAAACCAGUUCAUGCAGAGGUUGCACAGCUACUGGUUACUGAAGCGUCAGUCGAGGAAUGGUGUGCCCCUGGUCCGGCGUUUGCACUCUAAUUUCCAGUCCCAAAGGCCUAUGGAACAGCCUGAGGUGGAUGAGAAGGUUUCUGCUGCGAGAGAAGCACUAAGAUACUGGCAGAAGCUGCGGCAUGACCUGGAAAAAGCACGGCUACUGGUUGAGCUCAUACGCAAAAGGGAGAAACUCAAACGAGAACAGGUCAAGGUUCACCAAGCUGCUCUGGAGAUGCAGUUGACCCCAAUGUUGGUGCUUCUCCGCUCUACCGUGGAGCAGCUACAGGAGAAGGACACAGCCCAGAUCUUUGCAGAGCCGGUCAACAUCAAAGAGGUCCCAGACUACCCAGAAUUCAUCAGCCAACCCAUGGACUUUUCCACUAUGCGCUCUAAACUGGACAGUCAUGCCUAUCGCUCAAUAUCUGACCUGGAGACAGAUUUCAACCUCAUGGUGUCCAACUGCCUCCUCUACAACAGCAAGGACACAGUCUUCCACAGGGCAGCGCUGCGUCUUCGAGACUUAGGAGGAGCCAUACUGCGACACGCUCAACGACAAUGUACCAACACGGGCCUGGACCUGGACACUGGCAUGCUUCUUCCAGAGUCACCGCAGAAAAGAGACUUUUACAGCUGCAGCUGGGAGGACAUUGACAGUGUGCUGGACCCAGACAACCGGCUUCACAUGACCGUUGAGGAACAGCUGAAGGAACUUUUAGAGAAGCUGGACUUUGUCACCUCCAUGAGAUGCAGCGGCGCACGAACUAAGCAUCGCCUGCUACGUCGCGAGAUCAACAACAUCCGCCGCCAGGGACAAAAUCCCCGCCACAGCCUUCACAAUGGACAUCUGAAAGAUGAAGAAGAUGACGAGGAAGAUGAUGAUGACGACGAGGAAGAUGACGACAAAGACACCAAGGCAGACAACGGUCUGUCGUCUUCGGACAAAGAAGAUCUUAAAUCCACAUCGCCACCGACUUUGGAACCAACGGGUCCAGCGCCGCCUCCACGACAAGGGGACGCACCUCUGGAGCCUCCCACCCUGCGGCCAAUCACAGGAGAGCCCAAGCCCCGCAGCUGGCCCUGCAAACGCCUAAAGAUGGAUGAAGACCUGUCAGACAGCACCACAGAGAACAAUAAUUGCACUAAAGCUCAUGAGCAGCCAGCAUCACCGCCUCCCAUUUUGCACAGCCAAGGACAGGUGGUGGCCAACGGCUUGCCAGAGCUCAGUACCCCCCCACGGCCCACCACAGGGGGUGUUGGACGUAGAACCUCUGUGCUCUUCAAGAAGGCGAAAAAUGGAGCUAAGCUGUUCAGAGAGAGAGACAGUCCUUUGCAGAAUGGAAAGGGACCCCAGGACGACAACACAAGCAUCACCCCUACAGCACUCAGCUCCACAGCUAGUACCCCAUCCUCAACACCCCUCUCCACUCCAUCCAAGACUCCACAGAAAAGCCCAGGACCACCCACCAUCGAUGAAAGAUUUAUCUCCAGUGAGGACAAGUGCUCAGAUACAGAGCUUAAGAAGACACCGAAACAUACACUAGAAAGUGGACUGACCAACGGCUUCAACAAGCACAAAGACGGCGGGUCCGACUCUGACUACAGCCCUUGUCCAGUCCUUCGCAAAGAGAUCACCUCACCACCCAAACGAAGCCUUGGAAAACCUGCUCUAUCCAAAGUUCCCUUCCUGGACAUAGUCAACGGAGACUCAGAUUACACUGGCAACGGUAGCCAGAUGUCUGGGGACGAUACAGAGCUGGAGCCGUUAGAACUGGUGUGGGCCAAGUGUCGAGGAUAUCCCUCCUAUCCUGCUCUGGUGAUAGACCCAGAGAUGCCCGAGGAAGGCCUUCUGCACAACGGGGUGCCCAUCCCUGUCCCACCUAAAGAAGUCCUCCAUCUGGGAGAGCAGAGGCAGGAGGAGACCAAGGAGAGGCUCUACCUGGUGCUCUUCUUUGACAACAAGCGGACAUGGCAGUGGCUACCACGGGACAAGGUGACACCCUUGGGUGUAGAUGACACAGCGGACAAGCUUCGCAUAAUGGAGGGCCGCAAGACCAGCAUCCGCAAGUCUGUCCAGGUGGCGUACGACCGAGCCUUGAUCCACCAGAGCAGGGUCAGCCACAACCACGGCUUUGUGGCCUCCAACUACCUGUAGAGGGCGACAGUGAGCCCUGUGUGCACCCUCAGGCAGCCACUAUGCAUUUCUCCCUCGUCUUAAAGCAGCAGGUGUGCAGAGUCGUGCUGCCAGCUGAAUUUGUAUUCACACUGUGGUCUGAAGAGGUUGCCAUGGCAGCACAGAGUCCUGGACUGUAGUUCUUUACCAAACCACUAGUGAGGACACACGCAGGGCUGUGCUGUUUGCCUUUGUGUCACCGUUUUGGAUGUGGACCUCCAGUGAAUGAAGUCACCUUCAAGUCCCACCUUGCUGAUGUCAGUAAGAGUAAAAUCAGGUGUGUGUGUGUGGAGGUAUCUGCUUUCUCCACCCGGAUGUGUUGAAGGUGUGUGUCUGGAUCAAAUGUAAAAGAAUUCCCCUUUAUUUUGUAUAAUGCUACUGCCAAGGAAUCAAAACUGUCAGAAAAGAGAUUAGACAUAUUUAUAUGAAACGCAGAAGACUUAUGAAUGGAUCACUGCCAUCUUUUAUACAAUAGCUUUUUACAUUUUAAUCUUUUACAAAGACACUUGUAUAUUAUAAAGGCACACUUUGUGUACAUAUGUACGUGUAUUAUCAAAUCCAAUUUAAUUUAAUGUUGCUGUUUUUAAAAUGCGUAUUUCAAUCAACCCAGCAGGGGCAAAGCGAGGCUGUGUAUAUUUGUGAACAUGAAAUAAUUCCUGACUUGCUGCGACUUCUUAGCUUGUCUCUGAUGUAAUUUCAUUGUGCUGUGUGUGUAUGUGUGUGUGUGUACAUUCAGAGCAUACAACACAAUGAGCCAUUGUUCUUUAUAUUUGAAUUCUCUUUUUGAUACAGAGAGAAAUAAUUUAUUUAUGGAAGACAUAACUAUAGAAAUAAAGCUAUAUUGGUGUAAGUGGAGAUUGAAAUCUUAUUUAAAACAGAGUGAGGUUUUAAAGACAUGCAGCCAACAUUUUAACAGAUGACGUCACACAUUUGGUUUGAUGUUAAUGAUUUUGAACAAGCCCGACCGCCAUAAUUCACUGUUGACCCCCCCCCAGAUUCUAUUUAUUGUCAAGAGCCCCAUUUUAUCAAAUGGAAAAUUACACCUUUAUAAGCUUGUACUACCUGCAUAUUUUACCUGCUCACCAAAUAUUUUGUCUGAACCAGUAUUUCCACAUUUUGGGAAAUAAAUGCUCUAUUAAAAACCUUUUGGGAUACUUAAACUGUA